AUGUGCCGCAAGAGGACCUUCAAGAAGUUCCAGUACCGCGGUGUCGACCUCGACCAGCUGCUGGACCUUCCCAACGAGGAGUUCGUCAAGCUUGUGCACGCCCGUGCCCGCAGGCGCUUCCAGCGCGGCCUUACCCGCCGCCCCAUGGCCCUGAUCAAGAAGCUGCGCAAGGCUAAGAAGGAGACUCUCCCUAACGAGAAGCCUGCGAUCGUCAAGACGCACCUGCGUAACAUGAUUGUCGUCCCUGAGAUGAUCGGCUCCGUCAUCGGCAUCUACAACGGCAAGGUCUUCACCACCGUUGAGAUCAAGCCCGAGAUGACCGGCCACUACCUCGGUGAGCUGGCCAUCAGCUACAUCCCCACCCGCCACGGCAAGGGCAGCCUGGGCAAGGAUGCGAGCCGCUUCAUCCCUCUGUACUAA